GGACAUAAUCAGCGCGGUAAGUUUGCAGAACCUUACAGCCAGUCUCGGCCAGCAGGGAGCUCACUUCUUUCAGCUUUUCUGAGGUUGCAAAGUCCACUGACACCAUGUCUGACACAGAGGAAGUUGAUCAGGUCGAGGCCGUAGAAGAGGAGGUAGUAGAAGUAGAGGUGGCCCCUGAGGCGGCCCAUGAGCCAGAGGCAGAGGCAGAGGCAGAACCAGAACCAGAGCCAGAACCAGAACCAGAGGUAGAGCCAGAGCCUGAGCCUGAGCCAGAACCUGAGGCUGAGCCUGAGGCUGAGCCUGAGGCUGAAGACGCCAUUGAAGAGGAAGAGGAAAAGCCAAAGUUCAAGCCCACCGCUCCAAAGAUCCCAGAUGGUGAUAAAGUGGACUUUGAUGACAUUCAGAAGAAGCGUCAGAACAAAGAUCUGGUUGAGCUGCAGGCUUUGAUCGAUGCUCACUUUGAGCACAGGAAGAAGGAGGAGGAGGAGCUGAUCGCGCUCAAGGAUAGAAUCGAGAAGCGUCGUGCUGAGAGGGCCGAGCAACAGAGGGUCCGCGCUGAGAAGGAGAAGGAGCGCCAGGCCAGACGUGAGGAAGAGAGGCGGGUCAGAGAGGAGGCUGACGCCAAGAAGAAGGCAGAGGAUGAGGCAAAGAAGAAGUCUGCUCUGUCCAGCAUGGGCUCCAACUACAGCAGCCACCUGCAGAGAGCCGACCAGAAGAGAGGAGGAAAGAAAGAAACUGAGAGAGAGAAGAAGAAGAAGAUCCUGGCUUCCAGACGCAAGCAACUGAACAUCGACCAUCUGAACGAAGACAAGCUGAAAGAUAAGAUCAACGAGCUGUACGAAUGGAUGUGUCAGCUGGAGUCUGAGAAAUUCGACCACAUGGAGAGACUGAAGAGGCAGAAGUAUGAGGUUACAACCCUGCGUAAGAGAGUGGAGGAGCUCAGUAAAUUCAGCAAGAAGGGAGCCGCCGCCCGCCGCAGAAAGUAGACUGGUCCGCUCCGCUGCUGCUCAGACACCAAACUACAACCGCCUCGAUCGCACGCCUGAAGAAGAAGAAGAAGAAGAAGAAGAAGAAACACACACUGUGGAGAAGCCAUUAACGCUGAGGUUUACCCUGCGGUUACCCAACCACAUCCUGAUAGAUGCAACCAGGAGCCUCUAGCUGCUGUAGGAAUAAAAACUAAACUAAACUCAUGCGCCGUCUCGCUUCCUCGCCUUGACUGUUUGGUUCUCGGUAUUUUUGUAAAUAAAGUGUGACUCUCCAAAGCCAUGACUGUAGAUCUGUUGUUAUUCACAAAUCAAUAAAGUUCAGUAUUUUUA